GCCACCACCCGGGAGCGGGUGACAAGCAACGCACGGAGACACCUCCGAACCAUGUCCCCAGGCUGCUGACAGAGGUGGCAGGAGGACAGGACCCCCCCUCAGCCCCCCAGCUGCUAUGGGGCUGCCCCACGGCCGCUGAGCAGGAUGGGGGGGCUCUGCCUGCUCUGGGUGGCUCUCGCCGCUGUGGCACCUGGACAAGGGGCAGUGAGCCGGGGGGUGACAGCGACACCCCCGAUCCGUGAUGUGACCGCGCCGUACCGCGUCCCCACUGCCCCCAUGGAGCUGACAGGACCCCCCAGUGCCACAGUUGGAAACACCUCGGUGACACCAGGCCAUGGCUUGGUGCGUCUGUCCGGCGGGCGCAGCCAGUGCGAGGGCCGCGUGGAGCUGGAGCAGGGGGGCGUCUGGGGGACGGUGUGUGACGACGGGUGGGAUGUCACCGAUGGGGACGUCGUGUGCCGCCAGCUGCGCUGUGGCUGGGCUGUGCGGGUCCUCGCCAACAGCGCCUUCGGCCGCGGCACCGGCCCCAUCCUCCGCGACGACGUGGGGUGCGAGGGACACGAGCAGCAUCUCGGGGACUGCCCGGCCACGCUGGACCACGACUGCAGCCACAAGGAGGACGCCGGCGUGGUGUGCUCAGAACACCAGGAGUGGCGGCUCACCGGUGGCAUGGACGGCUGUGCCGGGCGCGUCGAGGUGUUUUACCGUGGGACGUGGAGCACGGUGUGUGACAACGCGUGGUACGCGGUGGAAGCCGAUGUCCUGUGUCACAGCCUGGGGUGCGGGGUGUCCCUCUCGCGUCCCUCCUUCGCCCACACUCUGCCCACCAGGAUGCUGUACCAGUGUGGGGGCCACCAGCCCUCCCUGGCCCAUUGCCACUGGGUCUACAAUAAAUCGGCUCCGUGUUACCAGUCCCAGGCGGCUGGAGCGGUUUGCAACGGCUCCCAGGGCUUGCAGACACCCACCCCGACAGCCACGGUGACAACCAGCAACGUCACCCUCCUGAGCACCGAGGUGUCCCCAGGCACAGGGACACUGUCCGCUCAGCACACGCUGCUGUUUGUGCUGUGCCUGGUGCUGGCAGCGCUGCUCCUGCUCACCGUGCUGGCCUUCACCGCCGCCCUGCUGAGGGUGAGGAAGAGGAGUGCCCACGCCGUGUCCCCCCUGGGGCUGGCUGUCCCCGUGCUGGUGACCCACAGCGCACAGAGCCCCGACGUCCCUUCUGCGACCCCCAACGACUACCGGGAGAUGCCCCCUAGUCUUCCCAAAGGACCAGGUAGGUCUGACCCAGCUGUCACAGCCCACCCCACCACCAAGGACUCCAGCUCUGACUCUGACUACGAACACUACGAUUUCAGCAGCAAACCGCCCGUCGCCCUCUCCACCUUUUACAACUCGCUGCGCCGGCAGCCCGGGGACCCUCUGCUCCCCAGAAAGGACGGGAUGGAACCGUUCCCUGCCAAAGUGCUGGGUCCCCCGUCUUGCGGCAGCUCCUCCACCUCCUCCUUCUCCUCCUCCGAGCCCUAUUGCAACGAAACCGGGCCCCCCCCGCACCCCUGCCCGUCGCCCCCCAGCCAUGGCACCCACCAGCACACGGCACCCACCGCCCAUGACUGCACCAGCACAGUUCUCCCAGCAGCAGCCAGCGUGCCCGCCCCAGUGCUGUCCCCACCGGUGCCCCCAGCAGAGCCCGACCCCACCGACAGCUCCAGCACGUCCUCGGGGGAGUGGUACGAGAACGUCCAGGGCAUGGAGCCCCCAGGGGACCUGUCCCCAAACCCUGCUCUGCCUGAUGGACUCUGUCCCCCGCAGGGUGGCCAGUCCCCUCCUGUCCCUCGGGGGGACACACACAGGACCCCGACUCCUCUGAGGGCAGCGACUACGAUGACAUCCAAGGCUCUGCCUACUGAAGCUGCCAGGGACAGAGGGACACAGCAGGGGGACCUGACACUGUGUGACCGAGGACACGCCAUCCCACUGCUAACCUCACCUCUGGAUUUCUUGGCCACCUCCUCCGUGCGGGGAUGUGGGGACCGGUCCUGGUGACACCUGGGGGGAUGUUUAGACAUUAAAAGCUUUGCCCAGUG